AUGGCGCAGAUACCUGAUACCUUGAAAUUAGAGACACUUCUCGCUGCCUACGCUGGGCCCGCUAAGGACGCUUUGCGGGGAUAUCUGCAAAUUCAAGAUCCCAAUGCCGGGUACAAGGAAGCUUUGGACAUAUUAGAGAAACGUCACGGCAAUAAGCACACUUACGUUUGCCAGCUAAUAAAGAAGGCCCCGCGAGGUCCAACUGUGAGACUAAGUGACGCAAAGGGCCUCCAACAGUUCUCAGACGAACUGGGGAAUUGCGUGAGGAACUUGAAGGUCUUGGGAGAAUUACGUCAGAUUGACACGUAUGAAUCAAUAAGCACGUUAGCUGAGAGGUUCAAGGGAAAGAUGAGGGACGACUACGUGGAUAAGAGCGCUGUUCAGUGGGAGGCGUUCUACUGGCGUACUACUGGAGACAAAGCACAGGAAAUGACGUAA